CUCUGCUGUUUUUUUCUUCUCUUUCUUUUUUUUUGACCUUUGGAUUUGUGCGAAUGGAACCCAGCUCUUGGGUUGUCUCAAACCCAAGCGUUGGGUUCCGUGACGAACCCACGCCCGGUUCGUCUCAAAACCCAGGCGUUGGGUUCGCCUUGGAACCCAAGUGCGGAGUUUGCCGCGAACCCAGCUCUCAGGUUCAUCUCCGAACAGAAGAUGAGGGGAUUUUUGGUUUAGGGGAAAAGAAAAUGAGGAAGAAUAGGCGAGAAGCUCCUGCGGAAGUAAGAAAGUGGAGCUUCCGAACUUUGCAAAGAAACGACGAGAAGCUUAGCAUCUCGAAAGCUACAAUAGCUUCCAACUUAAGCAUAUUAAGGACAAACCAAGGAUAUCACUGUGGAUUCUACUCUCCCUUCCAUGGCAAUUGCACAAUACUGAAGCUGUGUAGGCCUGUCCAAGCUCAUGGCCCUAUCCCCAAGCUCUUAGGCUUUGGGUUGGUGGACCACUUGGCCUCUAAAGGCCCGUCCAACUACCCAUAUCUAUGAAAUGAUGUAGUGAUAUAUAAAAGAUAAUAAUAAAUUUUUUUCUAUAAGAUUGUAUAAUAAAAAUAUAAUUUAAAU